GGAAGCUAAAUUUAAAAUAGCGCUACCUAAGGUGGGGGUGGGGGCAGAUCAAGUGAUUGUUUGAAGAAAAGAAUAUAUUCAGAAAUUAGACAGAAAAGACGAAGCAUGUUGAAAGGUUAAAGCUCCUUCACUCCAGCCAAGCUGAGGAAAGCAGGCCGGAAACAGGAAGGGCCAAAACCCAGAAGAGAGAGAGAGAGAGAGAUGGAGGGCAGAAACGGGGGAGAUGGGGAGGGGAAGGGGUUGCUGUGGAAGUUUCCGGUAGUGAAGUCCAAGCAACUGGGGAAGCUCGGCCCUGCUUUCGGUUUCGGCGCGGGCUGCGGUGUCGGUUUCGGCGCCGGCCUACUUGGAGGUAUAGGUUUUGGUCCUGGGAUUCCAGGACUGCAAUUUGGGUUUGGACUUGGUGCUGGAUGUGGGGUUGGACUGGGAUUUGGUUAUGGUUUGGGGAAGGGCGUCGCACAUGAUGAGCAUAAGAGGCACUCCAAUGUUGGGAAGUUUUUUCAUGGACCAGGAAAUCUCCCUUCCCAGGAGGAGAUGAGUGCUGUGGUUGAUGAGAUUGUCAUUAAUACGAGGAAGCUGCUACGAGCAACUUCAAGAGAGAUUGACAAGUACUGGAGAAGAUGAUGAUGUAGCAAUUUGCUUUAUUAAUUCAGAGAAGAAAAAAAGGCGUGAUGCAGUAUUUAUAUGUAUACAUAUAUAAUAUGUUUGUGUGCAGGCAGGAACUGCAGAAACUGUACGUUGUUUUAAUUAAUUUUAUUAUGGAUUAUGGAUGGGUCUAGGGUUUAUUCAAUUCAGAUGCUCGGGUGUUACUAAA